AUGGCCUUCAGUGGAAGAUAUGAGACUGAAUCUCAGGACAAUUAUGAUGCCUUCAUGAAGCAUAUUGGUAUCCCUGAUGAGCAAAUUGCCAAGGGGAAGGAAUUCAAAUACACCUGCGAAGUAGUCCAGAAAGGCAAUGAGUUUACCUGGUCCCAGAUCUACCCCGGACAUACAACAACCAACAAGUUUGUCGCUGGCCAAGAGUCUGAUAUAGAAACAAUGAGUGGAAAGAAGUUUAAGACCACAGUCAGUUUGGAAGGAGGAAAACUUGUCGUGAAAUUUCCCAAUUAUGAGCAUACUUCAGAGAUUGUUGGUGGAAAACUAGUGGAGACCUCAGUGAGCGGUGGCAUCACCUUUAAGAGAAUAAGCAAGAAGGUGGCAUAA